CAGCCCACGAAGCCCACGAGGGCAGCCUGGAGUAGCAUUCCCCGCUGUGUUGCUUGCUGCCUGACACCUUCUGCCCAACUUCGGAAAUGAACUGCGCUCACCGGUCGCUGUUUUUGGCCUAGAGCCAGGCAUUCUGGAUUCUGUUGACUGGUGGCUGAAGUCACACUGGCCUUGGUCUUGCUUGCCAUCACCAACGUGCGAACCAGUGUGAUGGUGAAAUGAGAUGAGGCUCCGAAAUGGAACUGUAGCCACUGCGUUAGUGUUUUUCACCUCAUUCCUUACUCUGUCCUGGUAUACAACAUGGCAAAAUGGGAAAGAAAAACUAAUAGCGUAUCAACGAGAAUUUCUUGCGCUGAAAGAACGUCUUCGAAUAGCGGAACACAGGAUAUCUCAGCGCUCUUCUGAGUUGAACACCAUUGUCCAGCAGUUUCGCCGAGUUGGCGCAGAAACGAAUGGAAGUAAAGCUGCCCUGAGUACAUUUUCAGAUAAUACCAUAAAGCUACUAAAAGAGUUGACGAGCAAAAAAUCCCUUCAAGUGCCGAGUAUUUAUUAUCAUUUGCCUCAUUUACUGCAAAAUGAAGGAAGCCUUCAGCCAGCCGUGCAGAUCGGCAGCGGAAGAACAGGAGUUUCUAUAGUAAUGGGAAUUCCUACCGUGAAGAGAGAAGUUAAAUCUUACCUCAUAGAAACCCUUCAUUCCCUUAUUGACAAUCUGUACCCGGAGGAGAAGCUGGACUGUGUUAUCGUUGUCUUCAUAGGAGAGACAGAUCUUGAUUAUGUUCACAGCGUUGUAGCCAACUUGGAGAAAGAGUUUUCUAGAGAAAUCAGUUCCGGCCUGCUGGAAGUAAUCUCCCCUCCGGAGAGCUAUUACCCCGACUUGACAAACCUGAAGGAGACCUUUGGGGACUCUAAGGAGAGAGUCAGAUGGAGAACCAAGCAGAACCUGGACUAUUGUUUUCUGAUGAUGUACGCUCAGGACAAGGGCAUCUAUUACAUUCAGCUUGAAGAUGAUAUUAUUGUCAAACAGAACUAUUUUAAUACCAUAAAAAAUUUUGCUCUUCAACUUUCUUCUGAAGAAUGGAUGAUUCUGGAGUUUUCCCAGCUUGGCUUCAUUGGAAAAAUGUUUCAGUCGCCAGACCUCACCCUGGUGGUGGAGUUCGUCCUCAUGUUCUAUAAGGAGAAGCCCAUCGACUGGCUCCUGGACCACAUUCUUUGGGUGAAGGUCUGCAACCCUGAAAAGGAUGCCAAACAUUGUGACAGACAGAAGGCAAAUCUACGAAUCCGCUUCCGCCCGUCCCUCUUCCAGCACGUGGGUCUGCACUCAUCACUGUCGGGGAAAAUUCAGAAACUCACGGAUAAAGAUUACAUGAAACCAUUGGUUCUGAAGAUCCAUGUGAACCCGCCCGCAGAGGUAUCCACCUCCCUGAAGGUGUACCAAGGCCACACGCUGGAGAAGACCUACAUGGGCGAAGACUUCUUCUGGGCCAUCACACCCACAGCUGGAGACUACAUCUUGUUUAAAUUCGACAAACCGGUCAAUGUAGAAAGUUAUUUGUUCCACAGCGGCAAUCAAGAACACCCAGGGGACAUCCUGCUCAACACCACUGUGGAUGUCCUGCCUCUUAAGAGCGACAGUUUGGAAAUCAGCAAAGAAACCAAAGACAAACGAUUAGAAGACGGCUAUUUCAGAAUAGGAAAAUUUGAGUACGGUGUCGCAGAGGGAAUGGUGGACCCUGCUCUAAACCCCAUUUCAGCCUUUCGACUUUCUGUUAUUCAGAACUCUGCCGUUUGGGCCAUUCUUAAUGAGAUUCAUAUUAAAAAAGCCACCAAUUGAUCUGCUGAGAAACCAAUGCAUCCUUUCCUAUGACUCUCGAUUAAAGAUAGUUAGCCGUCCUCUUCUGUCUGGACUUUGAACACUACCUCUGCUGACGCCUGCUGUAGAUGAUUGUCGUUUCCGCGCACACAGGGACCUCUUCCCACGGAGAACUGCAUUCAGCUGAGACUAGGCUGUCCUCCCGUUUGAACUUGACACAAGCAUUUUACAAUUCUGACAGCCUGUUUGCGUGACUGGGACUAUUUUGGUAUUAUACUAAUACACAAAAGUUGUACAUAUUAUUACAUUCCUUACAAUUUGAGAAAACUAACGUUAAAUACAUUUUGUGAAGGGGGUACUUUUGAAGUUCAUUUAUUUUACUAUUAUAGACCCUCUUUUAUAGACGAUCAGGGAUAUUAUAUAUAUAAAUAUAUAAAUAUAUAAAUAUACAUAAAGAUGUUAUGGACUUAAUUUAUUAGAAACACUUAAGAAGUACAUAUUUUUGUGCAGUAAAGUUUUGGAUCAAUACCUUUUUUUGAAGAAGCGGUUCCCUGGCUUUUUUAAGUUCUUUCUAUAUUUUUAUUUGGAAAUGCAGACAUUAUCGGCCAACACCAUUUUUUCCAGUGCACUGCCAUUCCAGAUCGGUUCUGAUGGGUUUCUUAACUUGAAGUACUUUUAUAAUCACAGCAAUCUGAAGAAAAUAUUUUCAGAGGCAUUUGUCAUUCCUAAAGCCAAGAUUUUAAACGACCAAUGUCCUCUUGAGGGUUAUUUUACUGUACUGUGUAUGGUGUGUAGCCACAGAAAACCAGUGUGAUCUUCAGUGUCCAGGUGGGAGGGCCCUGCCUGAGUCUCCACACAGAGUCCUUCAGGUUUCCUCUGUGUGGCUGAGGAGACUCCUUUCCUUUUUAAUCUGUCUUUAAUCAGUAGUUAGGCGCAUUGUUUCUGUUCUCACUGGUCCUUUUAUUCCCAUGUUAGGUUUUGGAGUUCUGACGGUGUUUUCUAGGUGAUGCCGUUGUGUGAGUCAUAAUGGGUAUAAUUUUACAACUAAAACUGUACUCUGGGGCUCUGGUGAGAGAGACUUGGAGCACUUGUAUGUUUCCACAGAAUGAUUUGCUCUGCUCUCUCAUGAACUUGGAGGUAAAUGUUGUGGCCACAGAAUGCUUAUGCCGCCUCACCUUGCAGGCCUACCCAGUACUAGUUGGCGAAGUGCUUUACUCUUAGGGUUAGAA